AGUGUUGUAUGUGUUUAAAAGGCCAACUGGAUGUGGGGUCAUCAGCCAGACUUGCAAGAGGAGCUGUGAUGGCAACUGGGCUGCAGUAUCCGGGGAAGGUGGUCAUAGUAACGGGGGGUACCCGGGGCAUCGGCGAAGCCAUCGUCAAAGAAUUUGUCCACCAAGGAGCCAAAGUGGUUUUCUGUGCCACAGAAAGAGAAGAAGAUCAGGGGAAGGCGAUUGUGCAGGAACUGAAGCAUUGCGGGGGCCCUGGAGAAGCAUACUUUCAGAUCUGUGAUGUUCGCUGUGAAAGAGCUAUUCAGAAUCUGGUUGCUGUGACCAUUGAACUUUAUGGAUGCCUUGACUGCUUGGUGAACAAUGUUGGAGUUCAUCCCCCUUACCGAACAAUUGAUGAAUGCACGGCGGAAGAUUUCCACAACCUCAUGGCCAUCAAUGCUGGCAGCUACUUCUUAGCAUCUAAGUAUGCUUUGCCAUUCCUUCGUAAGACAAAAGGGAACAUCAUCAAUAUGUCCAGCAUUGUCGGCAAUUUUGGAGACAGAAAAUCCCCAAUUUUUGUCGCAACUAAGGGUGCUAUUACUGCGAUGACAAAAGCUCUGGCCAUCGAUGAGAGCAAGUAUUGUGUCCGAGUCAACAGCAUCUCACCUGCCAAUGUCUGGACUUCAAUGUGGGCAAGACUUGCAAAUGAAGACUCUGAUCCAGAGGCAGCAAUCCAGAAAGGCAACGAUUUUCAGCUUAUGGGACGGAUGGGGACCCCUGCAGAGAUUGCGAAGGCUGCCCUGUUCCUUGCUGCCGAUGCCACAUUCUGCACAGGAUUUGACCUUGUGGCCAGUGGUGGAGCUGAGCUUGGCUUUGCCCAUAAGAGUCAAGUUACUCCUGGAUGUGGCUCUAAAAACUAGUGGAGUCAACCAGGUGGAAUGCCARUCUAUCUGACUGYCACCUCACAAGGUAGUUGUAUCCAUGCAUUGCARUCUAUGCAGAAAAAAWUGCAGGAGGAUUCAUGCUUCCUUCUCAAUGUUUGUUUGAUUAUAACUCUCAGYAGCUAAUACAGUCUAUGUGAAGAAAGCACCGGAUGUUGCAGUCCAGCAACAUUUGGAGGGCAACAUGAUUGUCAGGUAAUCACCCAAGUAAUAUAAUACAUUCAGAUAUUAUAAGAAUGAAGAAUGUGCUUUGCCCCAGGGCUAUCUUCUUGUUUUGGAAUGGCAACAGGUACAGUUUUCCAAUCUCUCCAUUACCCAUAUAAGAAAAGGCUAAAAGUAAAGUUACUCCUGGAUGUGGCUCUAAAAACUUGUGGAGUCAAUCAGGAUGGGAGGACUGCAUUGGCUACAAGAUUGAAUGCCAGUCUAUUUGAUUUCCAUUCAGGUAGAGGGCUACCUCACAAAGUAGUUGUAUCAUAUAUUGUAGCCCAUGCAUAAAAGUUUGUGGGAGGAUCCAUUCCUCCUUCUAAAUGUUUGUUUGACUAUAUCUUCCAGCAGCCAUCAACUAAUAUAGCCUAUGAGAAGAAAGCGCUGGAUGUUGCAGUCCAGCGGCAUCUGGAGGGCCGUAUGAUUCCCAUGUAAUCAUGAGGUACUUCAGACAGAAGAGAUACCAUAAAUUCAGAUAUGAUAAGAACGAAGGUCCUUUGCCCAAGGGCUGUUUUCAAAAGCAGAAUGGCAACAGGUACAGUUUUUCCAAACUCUGCAUUACCCAUAUAAGAAAAGUUCAAAAACUUUUGGAAUUCUAAAUUUGUGGUUUCCAGCAUUUAGUCCUCCAGUUGUUUUGGUGCCCCAUUUCAAUCACAUCCUCUGCCAAGGAAUAGGUCCCAUCCCAUAUCAUUCCCAGAUGGCAACUCAGAUUUGAGAUUUAGCAAAUUGUCCCCAAAUCUG